AUGGAGAGUUACGAGGAAUUUAUUCAAAAACAGCAAAGGAAACUGUGCAGGAGCGACAGCUCUGUGUGCGAUUCUUUGUUUAAUAGCUAUACCUCAUCGUUGAUCAGCUUUUAUGGCUCCCCGAUUCUUCCCCCAUUGUUGAACGGGGAGCAGAGAAAAGAAAUGCAAAGGCUCAGAGAAUCGGCUUUGAAAAAGUCGGUCAGAUGGAGAGAGUCUUCUAAUUCACGAAUGUCUUAUGCCCAGAAGAUUCUUGACAGCGUUCAGUUCAGGAAGGCACCAACACUUCUGGAGUUUCAGAAUGAACCACAAUUUACAGAUGUUCUGAAUACAGAUUUCCCAAGCACCAGUAACAGUGCAGAAAGUCCAGCUGAUGAAUAUGCUGACAUCUCAGGAAAUUUUUGGAACCCACAAUCCAUGUCAUUAUGUCCUUCUGAAAUAAUUUUCUGUGAGAAGGUGAGAGACCCAUGUCAUCCUCUGACAUCUACUGCUUGUGAUGACCUUUCAGCCAGUCCUCUUAAAUCUCUUGAGGAAGAAGAGACAUUUGACAACAGCCAAGUGACUGUCCUGUGUGAGGGUUUAUCAGUAUUAGGAUAUCAGAAACAAAGAGCUUUGGAGUUGAACACUAGUGGUGAAUUAGAUUCUGAAUCGUUCUCUGACUCAAAGAAACAUCCUCACGCAGAUGUUAGCCACCAGGCUCUUUCAUCAGGGUAUGUGACAAAUGAAACAACUGACGUAGCCUCUCAGCCUAGCUGGGUAGACAGCAUUAACGGAGGAACAGAAAGCAAGUUCUUGGCCGAAGGAGACCUUGACGUAGUUAGCACCGCACAACCGACCAGCAAAAGCCAGAACAUAAUCAGUCACGCUCCAGUAGACGGAGAUGCUUUGCAGGAGGAAUGUGAAGUCAGAGCUGUUUCCCAGGGUGAUGAAAUCACGGAACGCGCUGAUGUGUCGCCUGAACCGGACACGGCAGAAGGCCCUUACCGCAUGAGCCUUCAGACCCUCCUGAAGAAAUCCCAGGAGCACCGGCGUCGCCAGCGCAUGCUGCGCAAUCAGGCGAAGAACUUACGGGCGUGUAAGACUGGACAAGCAGAGGAGCACAGCCUGUCUGACAAAGAGAACGAGGAAUUCCAUUCAGCCGCUCUCGGCAAAACGGAACUCAGAAAAGCCAGAGAGAAGAGGAAGGACCAAGGGAAGGUUCAGUUUUCUGAUCCUGUCCAGACACACACAGAUGAGAGAGAAACAGAGCGGGCAGAGUCAAAUAAAAUGAUGAGCGACGUUGUAGAAACAAGUGUUACACAAACCGAAGUCUUGGUUGAGCAAUGUGCAGAUAACAGCUCAGAUGUUGAGCUUAUGUCUGAUAGCUUUACUGGGAAAGCUGCGUUUGAUGUAGAUAACCACCCCCGGUCCACCUCCCCUACAGCUCCAACCACGGCUAAAUCCCUUUAUCUAACCAAGGGAAAAAGAACAGUCAGUAGACUUCCCAGGCCUUGCUUAUUAGAUGGUAAAAAAUUUAAGAAUGUGCCCACACCUCAGUUCUGUUUGAGCCCUGUGCGUAGUAAAAAAGGUGGGGGCAGAUUUGACACACUCAGGAAGCCUCUGGGUAAGACGUUGUGUGAAGACAAAGAUCCAGAUCCAGGGAAACGUGGCAACAAAGGUGCUGAUAUGUCGUCAGUAACCGAGGUUAUCGCACCUUUGGAUAGAAGUAUGGAGAAGACUCAUCAGAUUGCUCAGUUGGAGUUGAAUCUGUCAAGCCUGAAAGCAUUGAUAUCAGACCUGGAAUCCACUCUCAUUGAGUCACAGGCGGACCAGAUGGAGGCUCCUUCACCUGGAUCCACCAGCCUUCAGAAGCAGCAGCUGUCUCCAGCAGGGCAUUGCAGUACUGGUAUUUUUAAUCUUGGGGGGAACCUCUCUUCUUUGGCGUCUGUAAGUGGCCCAAAUGGCACCGUGAAGCCAGUGAGUUUCGGUCAGUACGCACCAUCUCGCUGUGUUACCUCACUGGUCCAGAAGAAGAGGGUGCCAUCUGCAUUUCACAACAUAGCAGAGGCGAAACGACAGCAACACAGGGGGUCCGUUCUCACAGAUAACAGCAAUCAAUCAAACGAGAGGAGAAAGAAUGAAGAGGAGAAGAACAAAAAGAAAGCAUUAGAUGAUGUCAAAGAAUCUCUGAGCGCCUCGUGCCUUAAUCGAUCCUAUGAUGUGGACACUCCCUCUCGGCUCUGGUCGUGCGACGUUUCCCAGGGGAAACAGCUGACCCCGGAGACCCUGGGUCAGGAUGGGGCUUCACGUGCCAAGAGGAGACUCCUGAUGCAUGCGAUGGAAGAGAGCUGUCCAUCGGGAGGGGAUGGGAUUGGUUGGGAACAACUUGAGUACAGGAGCAGCCCUAAAGCAGUGCAGUCAUCUGCGCAGGAAAGGCAGCUGCUGCAGUUGAGGCUGGAAGAUGAGAGCCAGAAGAGAACUUUGGAGGAGGAGGAGCAGGAGAAGGAGCGUAGACGUCAGCAGGAGCUGCUGCAGUCUCUUGCUAUGCGCUACCAGUUCCUCCGGAGCAUGUCCUUCCCCUGUCCUGGUUCCCGCUCACGUCUAGAGGACACGCCGACCUCCCUCCAACUGGUUCUCCCCUCUCCUGUAGGCCUCGAUUCCUCGACGCCCGAGCUGACGGCUCCCACCUUCCCCUUAGUCACGCUGACUAGUUCCCAGUCCCCCGUCUCUCUGACGGUCUCCUGUGGCCCCCUUGUGGUCGCGGCAGUGAAAGGUUAUCUGACUCGCAGGCUUCUUCGCACAGAGAGAGUAACUCAGCUGAUCAGAACCAUUAAGGACACCCAGCUGUUCCUGCUGGGUUUUCAGGCCCAGACUCCAGUCAGAGGAGAAUACAGCAGCAGACAGGACCUUAUGCUGCAGGAGAGAGUAGCUUUGCAGCUGCGUUCAGCCAGGUAUGAACUCUAUGAUCUCUUCUUCAGCGUCUCUUCUUCUGAGCGCAUGCAGAUCAUCGCCUGGGACAGGGAGCUGGCCAGGGAGAGACAACUAAAACGCCAGGAACACAAAGCUCCACGGUCCAGUGCAAAGGGCUCUCUCUCUGCAGCCACUAAGAAAGCACUAGAAAGGAAGAGGAGUAUAAUGUUACAAAAGAAAGUGCCAGAAAGGGCAAAAUCAGCACAGGGAGGGGAGUGUGGAUGGACCGUCAUGCCAAAUCCUAGAAGGGUGCCCAAAAGGACCACCCCAUCUCGUCGCCCUCGGUGACGGCUUUCGCAAGCCGGGAUCAGACCGCACCGUACGCGCAAACGGCAGUCGACCGAACGCGGAGCUGCGUUAACCCAGCUGAACCGUUCACACGUUCGCGAUGCGCUCUGCCAACGAGCAAAUUUAGCCAAUUUUUUUUUUUUUUUGUACGCCACUGUUUAUUGUCAGACAUCAAAAACCAUUUUAUACAUUUGUUUCCCUUUAUGCUUCCAAUUCUGAUGAUAAAUUCAUUAGCAGAAGCAGUGCAGCGUCAAAGCCCAUUUUGUAAAGGCA